CCGACCCGGUCUCCCGCCUCAGCGCCGUUCUCCGACUCGCGCUCUCGCACGCCCUCCCUCUCGCCCUCGCCUUUGCUUCGCCCGCCCAGCAUGGCCGAGGCGAACGCCUUCCUCGCCUACGGUAUCACGGUCACAACUGAGUCGCUCCUGUACGCCGUCGCUGCAUGGCCGAGGCUUCAAGGCCCGUUCGCGUUCCUCGACCUCGUCGCGCUCCGCAAGCGCAAGGGCCAGCUCGCCGUGGCAACGUCGCAGGACAUGUCGCAGUCGGCGGUCGAGAUGGUUCCACUCGAGAUCUGGGGCGUCGUGCGGCACAAGCUCGUCGACCUCGAGUUGCGCGAGGCCGAGUUUCGGCAGGUCGAGUGCUACCUGUGCGAGAGUGGGCGUGCUCCAGGAGUGUCUGCCGAGAAGCUCAAGUGGAGCGACGUCCUGUCCAGGUGCGGCGUCGAACUCUUCGGCUUCGAGGGCCUCGAAGACUCGGCAGCUCGACAAGCAGCAGACAUCAUGCUCUCGGUCUUCGGCCUCGCUCUGCCUUUCGACGUCCCGAUCUUCCGCGCCGCGCCCGACAACUACCCGCCAGCCUCGCACUGGUCGUCGCCCGACACGUCGAUGAUGAUCUCGCUGCCCGGACCGCCUUCCGACGAGGACGAUGGCCUCGCGAUGCACGCUGCGUGUGGCGGCGACGUGUGCGCCGACGGCCAAGUCGUCGUCGACGUCUCGUUCGCCAUCCCGGCCGGGGCCAAGCAGCGCUUUCGCCGCCUCGUGUCGACGAUGCACCUCGACCUUGUCAAUGUCACCGACGGCUUCAUCGCCAACGCGGGCACGAGGGCCGCCAGCAGCGGCAGGGCCGUGCGCUGCAAGGAGCGCGAGUUUGAGAAGGUCCCGCUCGCCAAGCUCGAGCCGAGGUGGAAGCUCUCGCCGGCCUCGGAGCAGCUCAACUCGAUGCGCCGCUUCCUCCUCGCCACCCUCUUCUUCGCCCUCUCGCUCUCGGUUCUCGCCGUGCCCUUCCCUCAAGCUGUCGACGACGGCUCCGGCGCCUCGACCUCGUCCCUCUCGACCUCGCCCGCCGACUCGAGCGGCUGCGUCUCGUACGACGGCGACGGCUUUGCUGCCAAUGGCCGCGAUCGUGCCGGGUACGAUGGCGACGGCCUCGACCAGGACGGCUUCGGCAGAAACGGCUUCAACGUGCAAGGCCUGAACCGCGACGGCCUCGACAAGGCGGGCAAGCUCAACGGCACGUACGCGCUCGACAAGGACGGCUACGACUCGCAGGGCUACAACCUCGCCGGCAGGAACAAGGACGGCUUCAACGCGCUCGGGUACGACAGGGACGGCUACAACGCCCAGGGCUACGACCGCAACGGCUACGACAAGGACGACCGCGACCGCAACGGCAACUCGUGCUCGUCGACCUCGAGCGACUCGUCGUCGGCCAACCCGUCCGACCUCGCCGCGCUCGGCAUCGACCUGCCCGACCUGUCGGACAAAGAUGGGCGCGCUCCCGAUCGACACGGCGGCCUUUGUCGGCGACGCGCAGCCGACGGGGCCGGACUCGGGCGGCGAGGGAGGCGCGGCGACGGCUGGGGCUGCGGUGGGAGGGGGGCAAGGGGCGGGUCCGACUGCGGCGGCGAGGGCGAGGGCUUGAGGCUCUCCUCGACGCUUUGGCCCCUUCUUCCCUCCCUCCUCUCCCUCCCUCUGCCGUAG